AUGGGUUUCGAGGCGGCAGGAUGCCGUGGGACGCAAUGCGGAAGACUCUUGACAGGGCGACAUGGCAGCCUUGCCCCAUGUUUUGCGGACGACGACGACAACGACGACGGUGAUGAUGAUGAUGUGGGUGUGAAAAGGGGGUGCGGCGACACGCGUUUGUCGCGAUUGCCACCCUCUGCCAGCGCAUACCGCGACUCUUGGGGCACUGAAGAAAACAAAAGGUCAUAUGGGAGGGAGGCUGUGGAGGGCAUGGGAGCACAUGUGUCGUUCAUGGACCCAGACGCUGCUGCAGGUCUUGACAAUAUUGUAUUCCCAUGGGCCAUGCUUUCGACGUGUUUUGUGUUUUCCUGCAAAGGCCUCAAUAGUACAUGA